AUGAGCAAGGAAUAGAAUAAAGUAAUAUCCUGUGGCUAUGAUUCAUUACUUUUGGUUAUUGAAUAUUAAUAACAUUCAUCAAUUUUUGUUUUUAAAUAGAAGAUUUAUGUUGAUUAGUGGGAUUAUAGAGUGUGUUUCAUUAAUAAUCAUGUUUUUACAUUCUAACCCUCCUUCUAGAUAUAUACUUUUGAUUAACAAACUUAAUAAUAUAUAAAAUAUUACAACAUACCUGUUAAAAGUGGUGGUUAAUUAUGCUCAUCAUUAUUUCCUUCCAUAUUCAAUCAUAUAAAAAUAUUAUCAUUAUCAAAAAUGGAUGUCACAUAAAUUUAAUUAAAUUUAUUUAAAAGUAAAAUGAAUAAGGAAGUGAAUCAUACUUUUUUUCAAUUAGAAUAAUCUAUUAAUUGCAAAGUUGAUCAUUAUUACUAUUAAUGCUUUAAAAAUAAACUUUUAAUUAAAUAGAUUACUUUUAAUUGA